ACCUCUCUCUUCCCUAUCCACAAAUCUGUUGCAAUUAUCCACUCUUCCAGCGACGGCGAAGAGAAACGGACCGGACGACGGUGACGAUGAGCAAACUGUCCGGUGAGGACCAGCCACGCCACAGCCGUCCUCUCCGCCGCCGGCAGCUAUCAUCCGAAGCCAAGCUCGCAGCCGUUCAGUCCCGCCGGUCGCCAUCAAACCCAAUCACGGCCCAUCACCGGAAUCGCGACUUCUUUAAUCGCUGAUUCGCUGCCGUCCGGAACCAGCCGUCUCCACCGGCCGAGCACACCGCCGUCAGUGUUCCGAGCACCGCCGCAAGCUAACCGCCGAGCUUCGCCUCAUCCACCGACCUCCCCGUUCUGAGCUCGCCGCCUCCUCCAUCACAGCCGACACCAUCAAAGCCGAGCUAGCCACCGCGAGUUCACCAUCACAGCCCACUGCUCACCGCCCCAAGCUCUCCACGACCGAGCCAACAGCCAAGCAAACCCAUCGCAAAAUUCCGGUGAACCUUGACCCAUUGACCCCGGCGAAAGCUCCGAACAGAAACUCCCAUUGAAGACCCAAUUCCGUCUUGCGUGACAGUGUGUUAAAGAGAAGAGGUCGGUCACACUGUGGUAUACGACACCUUUUUUAAAGAAAAAGAGUGAACGAAGAGAUCGCCGACGCGCAAUUUAUCUCUCUGGACUCCACGCACAGAGAGCAGAGAACGAACUGAAAGACUUUUAGGUAUUUGAGGUUUGGAUAUAUGUGCCUCAAUCAAGGGCCGAGAAGAGCGAGUCGACACAGUAAGAGGAGAUUGAGUCGAUCAGCGAGAUGGUGUUGAAAACUUGAAACUACGUCGUUUAUUUUAAGGGUAUACUUGUCUUUUAGAAUUGCCGGCACCAGCCAUUAACCUGGUGGAUUUUUUUUUUUUUGUAGUGUAGGGGGUAACUUGCAAAAUCCCCAUAGUUCCGGGGGGUUUUAUGCACUUUUCUCUUGUUUAUAUAUAUUUCGGUCCCAAAAUCCAACUUGAUUGGCAAAUUCAUACUCUCGCAAAGUCGGUGGCCAGAUCGCAGGCAGCGAACGAAUAAGUAAGGAUUGAAGAGUGAGGAGGCAUCUUUUCAUUGCUCCGAUGAAGCAUAUUGUGAAGAUUAUGACAUUGCUGGUGGCAAUAUCUGCCUUUUGGAUUGGCCUCUUGCAGACAUCAAUUAUUUCUCAUAGCUAUGCUUGGUUGCUUCCUCUUUACUUUAUUGUGUCAUUAGGAUGCUAUGGCCUAUUAAUGGUUGGGGUUGGUUUGAUGCGAUUUCCAACUUGUCCCCAUGAGGCAGUGCUGCUGCAACAGGACGUUAUCGAGGCCAAGGAAUUUCUAAAGCAAAGAGGGGUUGACGUGGGUUCUGAAUGAUUUGACCGGCAAAGGAUUUUUAUUUAUUUUGUCUCGUCACUGAAGCUGGAAAAGAAUUAACAUGGAUGUCUCUUGAAUUUCACCAUCUACAACUGGGCCUGUGCAUAGGAGUUGUCUUUGACAGAGAAUUGCUUCAUCUGGAAGAAAAAUCAGGAAAUGUUAUCAAAUUAGUUGAUUAACGGGUCUACAAUUUCAUUUAAUUCAACUGAAUUUGAAGUUGGAAUCAAAAUCCAAUUAACAGGAAGCAAAAUUUUGUAUACCUUUGAUUUGUAUGGGGCCACUGAUCAUGGAAUCAGCAUGGAGUCAUAGACUUUUUGUGCCUUGUUAACAUUUUUACAGCAGUGUACGCAUUGGCUUUGAGAAGAUAUAAGAACCACAAAUAACAGAUGAUGACAA